GUUGACAGUGGUCUGCGGGUCGGAAUUGUCCGUUGUACAGUAUUGGGUUAGUUCCAUUAUCUACAGGAAGGCCAGUUUAGUCCGUCCCUCUCACAUCCAAGUUCUUUCCCUUUCAUCUCUCCCCAAUAUUCUUGAACCAUCUCUAUCCGUAUCCAGCUACCUGGGCACUAUGAUAUGAAGGCUGGCUUGGCAACUGGGAGAGACAUUGGUGGCUCUGGUUCCAAAUGCCGUUGGGGCCUACGGUUUCCAUCUGCUGGCUGCUAUGGAUGCCACAAAUGGGCUUGUCUCCAGCUAUCCGGACAAAUGGGAUAGGUCCUUUCGGAAGCUAUCAAUGGACAGGGAUCAAGCAUCGGCCAUCCUUUUCGGCGACUCCCCUCUCCCCACCUCUCAGGGAUUCUCCUGCCCUAAGAAAAACGUGGCAUGAGGCUUUUGUGUUACACACUUGCAACGCAUGCACUCCUCGACUGAUGCAGGUCGAAGGGGGAUUGAGCCUAGAAAUGCCGUCAUAUGUUGGGUCGAGGCUUUUCGUCCAUGGAUAGAGAUUUAAGGUGUCUUUACCACUACCCGAAGUGACCAAUGACCAUGCGUGAAUGAUUGAUCGCUGAUUCUUAAUCUCGGCCGCCCGCGACCGUGGACCCGGACCGCAGCCCCCGAAGGGUUUACUGGCAGUCUUUCGAAGCCUUCAUUAGCCUCGACGCUUUAGCGUUCUAGGGCAUUUACCUUAUCUGGAAACUUUCCUUCAGGACCCUUUCAAUGUCCAAUCAGAUUGACCCCGAAAACUCUCACAACGAUUCGCAUUUUAGCUUUAGAUUUAGUCACAUAUUGCUCCCCUAUUAUUAUUAUUAUUCUUCUUCUUGAAAUUAUUGUUGUUUGCUCGAUGGCCCACCUGGGCCCACUACCCACUAUCUUUCUUUGAUAAGAUGAGGAAGCUUCUUACCGGUUUCCUGUUUGGAUUAAAAUUAGCGAAUUUGACAUGGAUCUGAUGGGUGAGUUCUCUGUUUCAUCCGGCCGCCUGGGAUUGUGUGGCACUGGUUUUGCUCUCAAGGCUGAAACUGUCCUACUCACUCUCACUUGCCGUCUCUCUCUUUUCCUCUGUGUCUUACUAGCAAAACUAUUUACCCCAAGAAACGUGUCAUUCGGUAGCCCCAGUCUACGCAUGCAUUUCACCCACGGUAACACCAGCC